UGCAGACAUCAACUGAGAAGAAGUUCAGCUGAGGGAGCUUUACGUCAAUUAGUCGUGUGGUUUCCGAGAACCAAAGAGGGAACCCGGACGGACUACUCGCAUAGGAAACGGCGCUUGAGCGGCUUUUCUAGAAGCUCAUCUGCACCAUUGUGACGCGGUGUUUACGUACCGAGCAUUUUUACGAGCCCAUCUUGAGCCGAGAAGUGGUUCCGCUGUCUGUAAGUAUACAUACAGAUGUCGAUGCCAGUGUUGAAUCAGUCCUCCUUACAAUCCUGAUGCAGUACAGUGUUUGUCCAACUCAAGGUCGCGCCGUUUCAAUCGUAGCAUUUCAUUUUCCAGCUCUAAUUUCUACUUUUCAUUCUUCUUUCCAAAAUGCUUCUCGAAACUCUUACAGAACUCCGUGGCUUUGCACUCUUAGGUCUGGUUGUAGCAAUCAUUUCCGCUCAGUUUCUGUAUAACAAGUACGGACAUGGUAUUAACCAUAUACCGGGACCUUUCUUGGCAUCUUUGACAGAUUACUGGCGAUUUUUCCUUGUCUGGGGGAGACGACCUGAAGUGACACAUAUCAAACUUCACGAAAAAUAUGGGGAUCUGGUGAGGAUAGGUCCGAAGACAGUACUUGUUGCCGACUGGGAGGCGACGAAGAAAAUUUAUGCACUCAAUGCUGGCUAUGUGAAGUCUGGAUUUUAUCCUGUCCAGCAAAACAUCGCCAAAGGCAAACCACUGCAUACCUUAUUCAAUUCUGAAGACGAGAAAUUCCACGCCAGACUGCGCCGCUCGGUAGCUAGUGCAUAUUCCAUGAGCAAUCUUGUGACCUUCGAGCCACUCGUGGACUCGACUAUUGCUGCUUUCAUCACGCAGCUACGAAACAGAGUCGUCGAUAAGCAAGGAGAUGAUGCGAUAUUGGAUUUCGGAACUUGGCUCCAGUACUAUGCUUUCGAUGUCAUCGGAGAGCUGACGUUCUCGAAGCGACUUGGCUUUGUGGACCAGGGAAAGGAUAUUGAUGGUGUGAUCUCGGUGCUUGAGCGGAUGCUAAAUUAUUUUGCUGUGGUUGGUCAAAUUCCAUGGCUUGACCGUCUCUUUCUCAAGAAUCCACUGCUACUUUGGUGUGCCGAGAAGGGGUACAUUGAUACAACUUCACCAGUUGCUGUCUUCGCCAGAUCGCGAAUGGCGUCUCGCCUCUCCGGGGGCGAUAAGUCAAAAGCCCCUGAUGAAAAGAAUGCUUCACCAGCUCGUCGUGACUUCCUCGACAGAUUCAUUGCCGCCAACAAGAAAGACCCAGAUUUCAUCACCGAUCAACGGGUUCUUGCACUAACCGUCGCUAAUGUCUUUGCUGGCUCAGAUACCACUGCUAUCACUUUGAGAGCCGUGUUCUACUUCUUGAUGAAACACCCUGAAAACAUGAAGAAACUCCUCCUGGAACUGAAAAAUGCAGAUCUCGGCCCGAUGGACCAAAUUGUGUCUUGGGAGCAGUCCCAUAGCCUCCCGUGUCUGAGCGCCGUAAUCCAGGAGUCUCUAAGGAUGCAUCCGGCUGUGGGACUUGCGCUCGAGAGAAUCGUGCCUGCGGGUGGCCUUCAGGUUGGCAAGACUUUCAUACCUGCUGGUACGAACGUCGGUGCCAAUGCUUGGGUGGUGCAUCUCAACGAGACGGUCUACGGAUCUGAGCCUGAGAAGUAUCGACCUGAGAGAUGGCUGGAGGUGGAUGAUGCGAAGAGGACAGAAAUGAAUAAUGCGUUGUUCUCGUUUGGCAUGGGUGCUAGGACGUGCAUUGGGAAGAAUAUUAGUUUGUUGGAGAUGUAUAAGUUGGUGCCUACCAUGUUGAGGCAGUUUGAGGUAAACAUUUCCUCGGAUAUCUAUUUUGAGUAGAGGUUGUAUGUGUGCUGACUUGAUGUUUUAGAUCUCUUUUGCGAAGGAGAAUAGUGAUUGGACGUUGCACAAUGCUUGGUUUGUUAAGCAGUCAAAUUUCUUUGUCAGGAUCAAGAGCAAAGCCUCAGGAGAAUGAGCAGAGGAAGAUCUGGAGACAAAGAUUACCGAUAUGUCGUAGUGCUCUUCAGGAUUACAGUCCCAGGUACUGCUAGGACAGCAGCCUCAGCAGGUGGCUGAAGUUUCCCAUGAUGCACUGCGAAGAAAUGUAAUUGGGGUUCAGCACAUCAGUCCUGAGGAACGUGCUUCUCAUUAAUCUCAGCUGUCUCAAGUGAAAUCCCUCGCACGUCGUGGGCCUGUCCUUCGCCAAUCUUGGCUAUGUGAGUUUAGAUCCGUUUGUUGAUUUUGACGCCUCGCUUCAUCCUUAGAUUCGCAGAUAUGAAGUUGCACAUUUGAGUUGAAACGGUAGUAGGACACCGAGCUAAAGCGAC